ACUGCUGCGCUGCCGCCCGGCCCAGCAGGUGACCGCGGGCGGCGCGGGCACGGGCACGGGCGCGGGCGGCGCGGCGAGGAGGCGGCCCGCGGAGUCCAGCGAAGUUUGGCGGAACAUGGCGGAAGCGUCUGGGGCACGCAGGAGCGCGGCGCGGCGGCGGCCGGAGCCCGAGGAGCUGUAGCAGCCUUAGUCGCCGCCGCCGCGGGGCGAGGUCGCCGCCAUGGCCCGCUGGAUCCCGACCAAGAGGCAGAAGUACGGGGUUGCGAUCUAUAACUACAAUGCUUCUCAAGAUGUGGAGCUCUCCUUGCAGAUCGGUGACACAGUUCACAUCCUGGAGAUGUACGAGGGUUGGUACAGAGGAUAUACCCUCCAAAAUAAAUCUAAAAAGGGCAUUUUCCCUGAAACAUAUAUCCAUUUGAAAGAGGCAACUGUGGAAGACCUGGGGCAGCAUGAAACCGUGAUUCCUGGCGAGCUCCCCCUGGUGCAGGAGCUCACAUCCACUCUGCGAGAAUGGGCUGUCAUCUGGCGAAAGCUCUACGUGAACAACAAGCUCACCCUCUUCCGCCAGCUGCAGCAGAUGACGUACAGCCUGAUCGAGUGGCGGUCCCAGAUCCUGUCUGGGACGCUCCCCAAGGAUGAACUGGCAGAGCUCAAAAAGAAAGUCACAGCCAAAAUUGAUCAUGGGAACAGAAUGCUGGGGUUAGAUCUGGUGGUGCGAGAUGACAAUGGGAACAUCCUAGACCCUGACGAAACCAGCACCAUUGCCCUCUUCAAGGCCCAUGAGGUGGCCUCCAAAAGGAUUGAGGAAAAGAUCCAAGAAGAGAAGUCAAUCCUGCAGAACCUCGACUUGCGGGGCCAGUCCAUCUUCAGUACCAUCCACACCUAUGGCCUCUAUGUGAACUUCAAGAACUUUGUCUGCAACAUCGGGGAAGAUGCAGAGUUGUUUAUGGCCCUCUAUGACCCAGACCAGUCCACUUUUAUCAGUGAGAACUAUCUAAUUCGUUGGGGCAGUAACGGGAUGCCCAAGGAAAUAGAGAAGCUCAAUAACCUCCAAGCAGUGUUUACAGACCUUAGCAGCAUGGACCUCAUCCGGCCCCGCGUCAGCCUGGUGUGCCAGAUUGUCCGCGUGGGCCAUAUGGAGCUGAAGGAAGGCAAGAAGCACACCUGUGGACUCCGAAGACCUUUUGGAGUGGCAGUGAUGGAUAUUACUGAUAUCAUACAUGGGAAGGUGGAUGAUGAAGAAAAGCAGCAUUUUAUUCCCUUUCAGCAAAUUGCGAUGGAAACCUACAUCCGCCAGAGGCAGCUCAUCAUGUCGCCUUUGAUAACAUCACACGUGAUUGGGGAGAAUGAGCCACUCACUUCAGUCUUGAAUAAAGUGAUUGCAGCAAAGGAAGUGAAUCACAAAGGGCAAGGCCUUUGGGUAUCCUUGAAGCUCUUGCCCGGUGACCUCACCCAGGUUCAGAAGAAUUUUUCACACUUGGUUGAUAGAUCAACAGCAAUAGCCCGGAAGAUGGGCUUUCCUGAAAUCAUACUGCCAGGAGAUGUUCGGAAUGACAUUUAUGUCACCCUGAUCCAUGGCGAGUUUGACAAAGGGAAGAAGAAGACGCCAAAGAAUGUGGAGGUGACGAUGUCUGUGCAUGAUGAGGAGGGCAAGCUCUUGGAGAAAGCAAUUCACCCUGGUGCUGGAUAUGAAGGCAUUUCAGAAUACAAAUCAGUAGUCUAUUACCAAGUCAAACAGCCCUGUUGGUAUGAGACUGUCAAGGUAUCCAUUGCUAUAGAAGAAGUCACACGCUGUCAUAUAAGAUUUACCUUCCGACACAGGUCAUCUCAGGAAACCAGAGAUAAAUCGGAGCGAGCAUUUGGGGUGGCCUUCGUGAAGCUGAUGAACCCGGAUGGCACCACUCUGCAGGAUGGGAGGCACGAUCUGGUGGUUUAUAAGGGUGACAACAAAAAAAUGGAAGAUGCUAAAUUCUACCUGACCCUGCCUGGGACCAAGAUGGAGAUGGAAGAAAAAGAGCUUCAAGCAUCCAAAAACCUGGUCACCUUCACCCCAAGCAAGGAUAGCACUAAAGACAGCUUUCAGAUUGCCACCCUCAUCUGCUCCACAAAGCUCACCCAGAAUGUUGACCUGUUAGGCUUGUUAAAUUGGCGUUCCAACUCCCAGAACAUUAAACACAACCUAAAGAAGUUAAUGGAAGUGGAUGGAGGAGAGAUUGUUAAGUUUCUGCAAGAUACACUAGAUGCACUUUUUAACAUAAUGAUGGAAAUGUCAGACAGUGAAACCUAUGACUUCCUUGUGUUUGAUGCACUGGUAUUUAUUAUUUCACUGAUAGGAGACAUCAAGUUCCAGCAUUUUAAUCCUGUACUUGAAACCUACAUUUACAAGCACUUCAGCGCCACUUUGGCAUAUGUGAAACUCUCCAAGGUACUGAACUUCUAUGUGGCUAAUGCAGAUGACUCCAGCAAGACUGAACUGCUUUUUGCUGCGUUGAAAGCCUUGAAGUACUUGUUUAGAUUCAUCAUCCAAUCUCGAGUGCUCUACUUGAGAUUUUAUGGGCAGAGCAAAGAUGGAGAUGAGUUUAAUAAUUCAAUUCGCCAGUUAUUUCUUGCUUUCAAUAUGCUGAUGGACAGGCCUCUGGAGGAAGCCGUCAAGAUCAAGGGGGCAGCUUUGAAGUACCUUCCUAGCAUAAUUAAUGAUGUCAAACUUGUAUUUGAUCCUGUUGAGCUCAGCGUGCUCUUCUGCAAAUUCAUUCAAAGCAUUCCUGACAACCAGCUGGUUCGGCAGAAACUUAACUGCAUGACCAAGAUAGUAGAGAGCACUCUUUUUCGACAGUCAGAGUGCAGAGAAGUGCUGCUGCCACUGCUGACGGACCAGCUCAGCGGCCAGUUAGAUGACAACUCCAGCAAGCCUGACCACGAGGCAAGCUCGCAGCUUCUGAGCAACAUCCUGGAGGUGCUGGACAGGAAGGAUGUGGGUGCCACUGCGGUGCACAUUCAGCUUAUAAUGGAACGGCUGCUGAGAAGGAUCAACCGGACAGUGAUUGGGAUGAACCGGCAGUCUCCCCACAUCGGGAGUUUUGUGGCUUGCAUGAUUGCCCUGCUGCAGCAAAUGGACGACAGCCACUAUAGCCACUACAUCAGCACUUUCAAAACCAGACAAGACAUCAUCGACUUCCUCAUGGAAACUUUUAUCAUGUUCAAGGACCUGAUUGGAAAGAAUGUCUAUGCCAAAGAUUGGAUGGUGAUGAAUAUGACUCAAAACAGGGUUUUUCUCUGUGCUAUAAAUCAGUUUGCUGAAGUUCUCACAAGAUUCUUCAUGGAUCAGGCAAGCUUUGAACUUCAGCUCUGGAACAAUUACUUCCAUUUGGCAGUUGCAUUUCUCACCCAUGAGUCCCUUCAGCUUGAAACCUUCUCACAAGCCAAGCGCAACAAAAUUGUUAAAAAAUAUGGGGACAUGAGAAAGGAAAUCGGCUUUAGAAUCCGGGACAUGUGGUAUAACCUGGGUCCCCACAAAAUCAAAUUCAUCCCAUCCAUGGUGGGUCCCAUUCUGGAGGUCACUCUGACCCCUGAAGUAGAGCUCCGGAAAGCCACAAUCCCCAUUUUCUUUGAUAUGAUGCAGUGUGAGUUCAAUUUCAGUGGAAAUGGCAAUUUCCAUAUGUUUGAGAAUGAGCUGAUCACAAAGCUGGACCAGGAGGUAGAAGGGGGCAGAGGAGACGAACAAUACAAGGUUCUUCUGGAAAAACUGCUCCUAGAACAUUGCCGGAAACACAAAUACCUCUCCAGCUCUGGGGAGGUCUUCGCCCUCCUGGUCAGCAGCCUCUUAGAGAACCUGCUGGACUAUAGAACCAUCAUCAUGCAAGAUGAGAGCAAGGAGAACCGUAUGAGCUGCACUGUGAACGUGCUGAACUUUUAUAAAGAAAAGAAGAGAGAGGACAUAUACAUAAGAUAUCUGUACAAGCUUCGAGAUUUGCACCGAGACUGUGAGAACUACACAGAAGCUGCCUACACGCUUCUCUUGCACGCUGAGCUUCUGCAGUGGUCUGACAAGCCCUGUGUGCCUCAUUUGCUUCAGAGGGACAGUUACUAUGUUUAUACCCAGCAAGAGCUUAAAGAGAAGCUGUAUCAAGAAAUCAUAUCAUAUUUCGACAAAGGCAAAAUGUGGGAGAAGGCCAUCAAGCUGAGCAAAGAGUUGGCUGAGACUUACGAAAGCAAAGUAUUUGACUACGAGGGCCUUGGCAACCUCCUGAAAAAAAGGGCCUCAUUUUAUGAGAACAUCAUUAAGGCCAUGAGGCCUCAGCCUGAAUACUUUGCUGUUGGAUACUAUGGACAGGGCUUUCCUUCUUUCCUACGGAAUAAAAUCUUCAUCUAUCGGGGAAAGGAGUAUGAGAGGCGAGAGGACUUCAGCCUGAGGUUGUUAACCCAGUUCCCCAAUGCGGAGAAGAUGACCAGUACCACGCCUCCUGGGGAAGACAUCAAGUCCUCCCCCAAGCAGUACAUGCAGUGCUUCACUGUAAAGCCAGUGAUGAGCUUGCCGCCCAGCUACAAGGAUAAACCUGUUCCAGAGCAGAUCUUAAACUACUACAGAGCCAAUGAAGUGCAGCAGUUCAGAUACUCCCGGCCGUUCCGGAAAGGAGAAAAGGAUCCAGACAAUGAAUUUGCUACGAUGUGGAUUGAACGGACCACGUAUACGACUGCAUAUACCUUUCCUGGGAUUCUCAAGUGGUUUGAAGUCAAACAGAUUUCAACAGAAGAGAUCAGUCCUCUGGAGAAUGCCAUCGAAACCAUGGAGCUGACCAACGAGAGGAUCAGCAACUGUGUUCAGCAGCAUGCCUGGGACCGGUCCCUCUCUGUGCACCCUCUCUCCAUGCUGCUCAGUGGCAUCGUGGACCCGGCCGUCAUGGGGGGCUUCUCCAACUAUGAAAAGGCUUUUUUUACAGAAAAGUACUUGCAGGAGCAUCCUGAAGACCAGGAGAAGGUUGAGCUGCUAAAGCGACUAAUAGCAUUACAGAUGCCCCUGCUAACAGAAGGGAUCCGCAUCCAUGGGGAGAAACUGACAGAGCAGCUGAAGCCGCUGCAUGAGCGGUUGUCUUCUUGCUUCCGGGAACUCAAGGAGAAAGUAGAAAAGCACUAUGGGGUUAUAACACUGCCACCCAACUUGACGGAGAGGAAGCAAAGCCGCACGGGGUCUAUUGUGCUCCCCUACAUCAUGUCUUCCACUCUGCGGAGGUUGUCCAUCACCUCAGUCACUUCCUCUGUGGUUUCCACCUCUUCAAACUCAUCUGACAAUGCUCCUUCCAGACCGGGAUCUGAUGGCUCAAUCUUGGAGCCACUUUUGGAGCGCAGGGCCUCGUCAGGUGCCAGAGUUGAAGAUCUGUCCCUUAGAGAGGAGAACAGCGAGAACCGGAUCAGCAAGUUUAAGAGAAAAGACUGGAGUCUGAGCAAGUCCCAGGUCAUUGCAGAGAAAGCACCAGAACCUGAUUUGAUGAGCCCAACCAGAAAAGCACAAAGGCCAAAGAGUCUCCAGUUGAUGGAUAAUCGGCUAUCACCAUUUCACGGUUCUUCACCUCCUCAGUCAACACCCUUGAGCCCACCUCCACUCACUCCCAAAGCCACCAGGACCCUAAGCUCCCCAUCGUUGCAGACAGAUGGAAUCGCGGCCACUCCUGUCCCACCUCCACCUCCCCCCAAAAGCAAGCCCUAUGAAGGCAGCCAGAGGAACUCCACUGAGCUCGCUCCCCCACUGCCUGUCCGAAGAGAAGCCAAAGCACCACCCCCUCCACCUCCAAAGGCUCGGAAGUCUGGCAUCCCUACUUCUGAGCCUGGAUCCCAGUAAGGAUCUUGCCCUCCCUGCAACACCGAGUGCCUUAGACAGCUGCUGCCUGAGAACUGGCCUCCAGCCGGUGUCCUCAUUCCAUGUGGUUCCCUGCUGACUGCAUUUCCUGAUCUGGGAUGAUGUUUACCAGCCCAAAACCAGUCAUGUUCUUCCAAAAGCUUCUCUUUGAUAGAAUUUUGAGGCCAUGCCACCUCCCUUCCAGUCCACAUGGAAUUCCAGAAUCAGUCACAGCCUCUGAAUUUUUCCAAGAAGAGAUUGCCUUCACCAUUGUUAAAUGUCAGCCUGUACGGCAGAGACAUGGUGGUCUGCACAAGCCUGGACAAGUUCUUCCAUAUUGAUGGUGGAGCAACCCCUGUAAUCUACUCCUUGGAAGGAUUUUUUGCUUUGCUUAUGAAAAGCUGUGCUUGAGACUUAGGUACUUUUCUCACGUGGACACACUGAUCCCAUCCCAUAUUGCAUCUUGGAAGAGAUGGAUAUCAAGUACACUUUGGUAGCUGAAAUAAUCAUAUCUUUCUGAUGUCUAUUGUAUCUCCUUUGAGGAAAAGAACACACAUUUUUAAUGGAGAUUGGCUGCUUUCAGGUAUGUGUGUCUAUCAUUGAAAGAGCAUGGACUCAAACAUCAGCCCUGAGUUCUUGAGUCCACCCAACUCCCAUCUUCUUGUGGCACAGGAAAGCUGCCCUCUCCCUCUCCCACCACACUCCUGACUAAUGGCCUUCACUGCAUCGCAGUCACUCCUUCCCUACGGACUUCUUUGAAGCUCUUCCUUUUGCACAUACGGCUUUUUUUUUUUUUUUUUUUUUUUUUUUUUGUCCUAUUACCUCCUCUGAGCGCAAAUCACUGGCUACAAGGGACUUACCAGUCUGGAUUCAGCAGUUUCUUUUCUAAAACCCAUUUGGGUGACUCAGCAGCCGCAUCUGCUACCUGAUUUUAUCCUGGAGAAUACAGUGCAAUAUUUCUCUUUGA